AUGCGGAAGCUCCGACAGGAAGGCCAGCUUAAAAGAUUAAAAAAAAAGUUGUAGAUGGCAGGCAGGUAGUCAUGCUGCUGGAUUUAAUAAUUGAGAGCUUACAUCACUAAAUCAGAUGACAGCGCAGUUAAGAGAACCCAGUGACUUUUCCAUAUGAGGUAAAGGGGGGAGAAUGGGGCGGCGUUAACCACCGAGCAGCGUGAAACGAGUGGAAACGUGGUGGGGUGUGUGCAGACUCGGUGGUGCUCCGACCUGCUAACGUUACUGUAGGUGGAAAUCAGCGGUUUCAUUGAUCGGUCCGAGCCCGAAGGUAGAGAUAAAUCCACAAAAUGGACGACUCCAACAGCAGCAAGCCGUUUGUGGUGACAUCGUCUCUGAACGUCAAAGUCACCACUCCGUCUUUCUACAACCAGCCCAAGAAGUUUGCUUCUGUGGCUCCGCCGAGGCCCAAAAGUCAGACCCCUCCCUCAGCCCCAUCACCGACACCAGUAGGGACAGCUGUGAUUGGUCGAGUUGGAGACAUGCCUCCACCGCCCUCGUCGCUCUCUGAUGACUUCCCACCCCCUCCUCCUCCAUUGGAUGAUGAUCUGCCAGCCCCUCCCCCUGAAUGCAACAUCCCACCUCCUGCCUCUGAUGCCCCCGCUUUUCCUGCUCCGCCUCCAGUGGCCGAUGACCUCCCCCUCCCAGUUCCCCCUGAGGAGGCGGCCUGUCCACCCAGCUGUCUCGCUCCCCCUCCUCCCCCACCACCUCCACCUCUUCCUGCUUCCAGUUCAAGUUUUCCAAAUGCUGCUGGGAACUCACAGAGACAAAUGGAGAAACAGACGAGCUUUGACAAUAAACUUGGUUCUCUGACUGAGAUGUUGUCUGAUAUGGAAACUAGAGGAUCUUUCAGUCCCAAGGUACCAAGUCAGUAUUCGUCUGCACCAGCACCCAAGCCUCCAGCGGCUCCUCCAACUGCUCCCAAACCAGCCCUCUCUUUCCUUCCACCUCCUGAGAUGGGAGACCGGCCCCCUCCUGCUCCCUGGGCAGAGGAACUCAAGGCCAGAACGAGCCCCAGCGCCCAGCCUUUCACUAAACCGCCCGCCGUGGCUCCAAAGUUUGGCGGGAGGAUGACGACGUCAUCCUCUUCACUGGCGCAAAAGAUCAACCAGAACCUGAACCAAACAGGCACUCCAGUAAACAGCGCACCAAAACCUUCUCCUCCCACAGCCACCAUCUCCUUCCCGCCACCACCAGCAGCUCCACCACGACCUCCUGCGCCACCAAAUAACGCUACUGCUCCUGUAGCACCUAAUCACAUAAAGACUUCUCCUUUUGGGAGUCAGAGGAAUGCAAACCAAAACCUUCCUGCUGCUGUGCCUCCUCCUCAACCCAAGGCUAUGACGUUUCCAUCAUCCUCCUUCAGCCAGCCAAUGAAAACAAGCCCUUCAUCAACACCGUCACCUCCGGGCCCAGUUUCCGUUCCUGGCGGUGGCGUCCCACUAAACAUGAAGGAAGUGGAGGAGCUGGAGAGAAUGACCCAGGACUUCAUAAAAAACAUGGACAAACAAGCCCCCAUCAUCACCUCCCCUCCAACAGAGGUUUGUGGGAAGUGUGGCGAGGCUCUUUCCCGUACGCAGCCAGCGGUGAGGGCCAUGGACAAACUCUUCCACUCCAACUGCUUCUGUUGCAUGAGCUGCCAUCGCCCCCUGCAGGGCAUGCAGUUCUAUGACAGGGACGGCGCACCACAAUGUGAAGACUGUUACGUGAAUUCCCUGGCCGUCUGCUCUCGGUGCGGGGAGAGAAUCACUGACCGUGUGCUGAAGGCUGUGGGACAGUGUUUCCAUGCCCACUGUUUCCGCUGCAGCACCUGCUCCUGCGUACUGGAGGGUGCACCAUUUAUCACUGACGACAACAACAAUCCCUACUGUGUGCAGGAUUACCACAGACGUUUCUCUCCUCUGUGUGUGAGCUGUAAUGAACCCAUCAUUCCCGACGCCGGCAGUGAGGAAACGGUCAGAGUGGUGGCCCUCGAUAAAAACUUCCACCUCAAGUGUUACCGCUGUGAGGACUGCACUCGCCCUCUCUCCAUUGAGGCAGAUGAAAACGGCUGUUACCCGCUGGACGGCAAGAUCCUGUGCAUGAAGUGCCACACCAAGCGAGCCAAGCAGGCCGCGCAGUGAUUGGCUGCUGUCGCCUCUCUCAGUUAAACUAUGAACCAAAUCCAAAAGCACAGGAUUAAUUCAGCUGCCGAUUUGCCUUUGCAACAGGGCUUUGUUUAGUUUAUUGUGCGGGGGUGUGUUUGUCUGUGUGAGAAUGUAUUGCAUCAUUUCAAAAAAAAAAAAAAAAGUGUUUGCAUGCAGAUUCAGUGUAGUAUUCCUCUCGUCUUUGACCACUUUAUCCAGUGCAGAGGUAAUGUUCUGCACUGAAUUCAAGCCCCUGUGUAUUAUUGCAAAUCUGCAAAGCUCCAGUCAUCCAUCUAGCUUUUUAUUAUGUGUAUACUACAGCAGAGUUUAAUGUGCCAAAUCAAUGUUUACGCUAAAAAUUACAGCAGAACUUGCACAAGAGCCAUCUGAUAAAUCUAAAGUUGCCUUUCUCUGUCUCUUUCCUAAAAAUUGUAAAUAAGACCAAGAACUGAAAUAUUUACAUUUUAAGACCUUCGUCUGGUUUCUUUUCCCCGACGCUUUCUAACUUUAUUGGAUCCACAACUGAUUUGUUAGAGAUGCGUCAAUCUGAAAUAUGUGGCUGACUUCCAAGCACUGAUUUUUGUGUACCGUUGCUCAUCUCAGUUUUAUCAGAUUCUGAGUUGGUUUUUUUUGUUGUUUUUUUUAAGAACCAUAAAUAACAGCAUUCAAAAUAUUUUUUUCCAAGCCUUCUCACUGCUAUUAGCCGUAGCUGGUUUAUAUUGGGAGCAGAGGCAGUGUCACCAUUUGUGAGAGGGCAGUUGCUGUUCAACAGGAUGAUGCCAAUUUAAAAUAGGAUAAGAGUUCACAGUUUAAAUUGGCACCUGUACCAGGGAUACCUUGACUCUUUGGACAUUCCCUAGAAAAUCUAGAUCUUAAACUUCUAUCUGGCAUUUUCUAACAGCAUGUCAGAGGCUCAGAAGUAUAAACAUUACUGUUACACAUUCAGCAUUCCUCUUAUCGUAUAACAUUGGUUCUGUGUCUGUUCCUCUUUGCCAACUUUACAAAAUAUUCCCCAGGUUGGAACAAAUAGACAUCCACCUGUAUAGGGUUUGUCGUUGUACUUGAAAGUCGGGUACAGAAUGAUCAAAACAGCAGUAAUAUGAAAUGACCAGCAUCUAGCCCAAGUGUAGCUUUCUGUUGUGGCUACCUCUAUGGACAGUCGACAAAUCUGUGGAAAAUGGUUUCCUUUUAUAAAAUAGCUUCUUUCCUUCAUGUUUUGUGCUUUUUCUCUGAUUUUACCUCGGUGGAUGUAAUUUCUCAGCAACUCACACUGAGGAUUUUUGUUGCUGCUCCAACCUGGUAGCGCUUGGGUGUGGUGCAUUCACUGAUCCAAAAAACAUCCGAUUUUUCUGUCUCCAUGCUGAAAAAACAGCAAAUUUCUCAGUGCGCCUCUAAGAUUUGUACAAUAGCGCAAGAAGCAUCAGCAACCUGAUCAUUAAGACUUUGUCCUUGCAAAAUAGGUUAAUGGUGCUUGUAUCAACUAAUUUACUCUGCUAGAGACACUUAAAAUCAGUGAAUGUUGCAAUGAGCUUUCGCUGUGAAUUUCUCGAUUUUGAGGCAUGCGUUUGACUUGAGCCUUUGCAUUCUCUUUAGUUAAUGUGUGUAAGGGUAGAUUUACAACAAAAUUAACUUGCUCUAAAAUAGAUAAGAGCUGAAUAAAGUAUUUUUAGAUGCAUGUUUUCUUCUGAUGAACAAAUGGGCGAACACAGGUUUGCCAAGCACAGACAGAAAUGUGUAAUAGCAGACCGGCUAUGUCAGCAGCAUGACUGAAAUAGGACCUAUAAUGUAUUCUUGCACAGUGCCAUAGUGAACUUAAAUAGUGUUCUAUCUUCACUUUGACGCAGAGCUAUCCCUGCACAUAAUCAUUUUUAAAUAAAAACAAGUACUACAGUAGCUUUAACAGCAAGCAUUUCUUGAGGUCUUCAAUGUAAUUUAUGGAUCUAAUGUUAAAAAGUGUUAAUAUCUGUGUGAGCAUAAAAGAACUGUAAAAGCAGUUAGAUUUUACAAAGGUGUCUAAUCAGAUGGCAAAAUUAAACUGAUCAGAUUUCAUGUUUGGCAUUUGUAUUGCUCAGUUUCGUUCUAUUAUUGUUGUGAAUACCACUAUUUUUGUUUUUCAGCCUUUUACUCUUGAGUUUGUUUCUGUCGGUUACAUAAAUAUUAUUCCUACUCUACUGCAAUGUGUUGCAAUGAUAAAAUUCAACACUUUCAUUUUGGCAACGCUCCUAUUCCAGUUUUCCACUGUAUUCCAUUGAUUUUUGUUGUUGUUUUGUUUGUUUUUUCUUUCCAGUAAACCUUGUGUGCUGUUAUGGAAAAUAAUUUCUGAGUAAGAAAAUAGUUUGUUGCGCUUGAAUUGAGCCUGGUGCAGCGAAAUACCAGAAUGAACUCAAGAUGAUAGUGAUGCAUGCUUUACUCCUAGUAUUAUGUCUUCUGUAUUAUGCAGCAAUGUUUUUUUUUAACUUUGUUCCCGUGUCUUUGCCAUCGCUGUGUCUUUUAGGUAUGACGUUUCAGUGACUUGGCAUUACAUUGUGCAUCAUUGUAUUACCUGUGAAUGCCUUGUCUUUACAUAUAGCCUUUUUUUUUUAUACAUUUGAUACAUAAGAAUGUGUUAAAAUAUCAUUUAGCCUUGGCCCCUUCUUAUUUUCUGGCUGUAUCAAAAGAUCAAAUUAAAAACAAAUACUUACUGCCAAA